AUGACAUCGCAGCUGGCGAACCUCGCGAGCCUAAAGACACUCCAGGAACAUUGCCUGCAAUCAGAUCAAGAGCGUCUUCGGCAGAGCGACCGCAAACUUGGUGCAGACACUGCAGACGCAGACGAGCAGCGCGCAAAACGAGCACGCCAGGCGACGGAUAGCCCACCUCGAGCCCUCAAGAUACUACCAUCCGUGGACCCUGCAAUAGACUCAUUCACAGAACAGCCUCGUGCAGGACACAAGCGCUGGCGUCAAGUCCCUCUGCCCGAGCACGAUCCAGACGAAACCAUACGCAAGCGUCACCGGUCCGGCCCCAUCGACUUUAUUCCUCAAGAGGCUCUCAGCGAAAAGGCAACGGACGACACCGAGGACGACUGGCGUGCAAUCCUUGACUUCUGGAUACGAGAAGGACGCUGGCCGCGGAAAUACUUCGAUGCAUGCUUUAACAUGGAUCAUUUACUUGCAAGAAAGAGAUCGAGUCCCUCGCUGGGCCGGAGGCGGUCCAGCUCAGCUUCGUCUGUAACUCCCAGUGACCAGAGGCCGCGAGAAGAGAAGAGCGCUCCAUACAGAGACCCGCGAUAUGAGCUUCUACUCAAAACAAAGGGUGUUGUGAUGGGUAAGGCUGAGCGGGGGAUUACGCCGCAGAGCAAGGAGUUAUGUGUCCACUUACUGGAGGAUAUCCAGCCAACCCCUCACGAUACACUGUUUUGCGACGACUUGUUUGACGCAACUUGCGAUAUGCUACAAGGCAGAAAUGAGGCCAAGAUAAUUCAGGACAUCGCUCGGCUCAUCAUUCCCUCAGCCCAAUCACUUUCGAUCCGCGGCGCGAACCACCUGAAAAAUAUCAUCGAGAGCGUCAAUGAAGGUUGGAACAAUUCGGUUCCCCUCACCGGGAUCCGCCCGCAGCCCGACUACUCUGUUGGCUUCCGGAGCGAAGCCUUCUCGGAUGGCCAGUUGGCCAAACUCGCGCCAUUCAUCGGCAACUGGCUCGGCGGCGACCAGUCGUUCUUCAUGGCCACAUACCACAUGUUCUUCCCGUUCCUGGCGGGUGAGACGAAGUGCGGCGCGGCUGCGCUCGACGUGGCCGACCGGCAGAACGCCCACAGCAUGGCGAUGGCGGCACGGGCGGUCUUUGAGCUCUUCCGACUUGUGGGGCGAGAGGCCGAGGUCGACCGGCAGAUCCUCAGCUUCUCUGUCUCGCACGACCAUCAGGCUGUGCGGAUCUACAGCUACUAUCCUGUCAUAGAAGGGAAGGAGAUCAAGUACUACCGCCAUCCGAUCCGCCAGUUCAGCUUCGUAGAGCUGGAUGGCAGGGAGAAGUGGACUGCCUACCGCUUUACCAAGAAUGUCUACGAUCUCUGGAUGCCAUCGCACUUUGCGAGAAUUCGCGCUGCGAUCGACCAGAUCCCGCCCGACAUCGACUUUACCGUCGACCCGCUGCCUGAGACCGGUCUGUCCCAGGGCAUGGAAAGCCUGUCCGCAGCAACGUCCAGCCAGAGUUCGGUAGCCCCAGCGGCGCCACAUCUUGCCACCCCACAGAGCUCGCUGCAAGGAGGGGCUGCGGCAAAACGACCAAGGAAGAAAGCGUAG